CGCGCGGGCGAGCGAGCUGGCGGGCUUUUUCAGACUCGUUUUAGUUUCGCAUGUGCGUGUGUGUUUGUGGUUGGGACGCACAAAAACGGUUUCUUCAGAAGAGCCGCUCUUCUCGCACGAGCUGAGCGGCUCUCUCGGCAUUCACUCUCACUCGAGUCGUCGGUCGUGCGUUGCAUCGCGCGUGGGUUAGAGGUAACGGGCCAUGGAUUGCCGGCGCGGCUUGCGAACAAGUGGAGAAGCGUGACAGCCUACGUUCGGCCUGAAAAAGAAAAGAAAAGGUAAGCUUGCCGAGCUCUCGCGCGACCAACCGACGCAGGUCACCUGCUGCGUUAAUCCCCGGCAUCGCUGCCGCUUUCUUUUGAAUCGGGACGUCUUAACCAAGUUUAACGGGAAACAAGAGAAAAGAACCUUCACCUUUCCGGCGCGCGAGUUAAACGUUUGUUUCGGGGCAGCCUGCGAGAACGCUUGUGUUUGAAUCGAGUCGACGGUUCUUCUUGAGAUUGACAGCGUCCACGACCAUGGAUCACUGCUGGAGCUCAUCGUCGUGCGCAUCUGAGGAGGAGGAGGAGGUCGCCGGGAUGUCUCAGCGUUCCUCGUCGCAGAAUGGCGACUCGUUCGGCUCGUUGGGUCGCCCUUCGCCCGACAGUCAGAGCAGCGCCGUCAUCUCGCUCAUCAGCCACGCGCGCACCCUGCGUGUGCCAUACGGCGAGCAGAAACGCAUGCUGGCGCAAGCCCUGCUCGCCGACUCGCACUUCGCCGAAAGCGGCGAGCUCCUGCAGACCAUGGAGAAAGGAGUCAUGUACCCGGUAAUCCACCUGUACGAGUUGCCGGGACCGUUUGUGCCCAUGGAGGAUCGGCUGCUUGGACACGACCGGCUGGGACCCGACUACGCGCUGCACCAGGGCAUCUACGAGGAGAUCCGGCAGCACCUCCCGUACGGUCGCAGCGCGUACGCCAGCCCUGACGAUCGUCGCACGGCAUACAUCGUGGCCGGCUUCAAGGUUCUCGACGAGACGUUCCGCGACGUCAUGGAGAACAGCUGGAAGGACUGGACGGGCGCACGCGCCAUCUACAUCAACCUGGCGCAUGAAUUCGGCCUCCACCGGUUCUCGCUCUACCGGAGGUCCCAACCGAUGACCGACUUCAGCACCUUCUCGUACGUGCUGUUAAUCGAGUGCCGCACGGUGACGCCGGACAACGCCCUCCGGCUGCUGGACUUCGUGCAGCGGUUCCGGUCUAACCGCAUGUCCGGCUACCUGUCCGUCUACAACGCCCGUCACCUCGGGCUAGAGAGCUACGCCCGCGGAGGGGAGCUGCUGCUCAGUCCGGUGUUGCACGGCCAGUCCGAUUGGUGGAAGCAGGUGCAAGACGCUGUCACCACGAGCAGCACCGGGAGCACCUCGGACCUGUCGAGCACGUCGGAGUCGACCAGCUCGGACGACAACCCGAGACCACGCACGGCCGUCACAAUGCGCUGCCCCACGGGACCGACGAGCGCUUCGUCCCAGCGGUCGAUGCAGCCUCUGACAGCCGUCGAGGUCGUUCCCCAAGACGCGUCCAAGGGCUACGUCCACAAUGUCAACGUUAUCACGUUGCCGGCCAGCAACCACAACCACCACCACAGAGGCAAGUGUUCCACCAUGACUCCCAUCUACGAGAACCUCGUGGGAUCGAGCCGUCACCACGACGACGAAGUGCGUUCCCACAGCUCUCGCUCGCACCGCUCGGGCCAGGGCUCCACAAACGGUUCCUCCACGAAUGGGCUGGGGGAGACGGACCUGUCAUACUCGAUCGAAGAAGAGUCCUUCUCGUCGACCAACACCGGUAGCGGCUCAGACGACGUGGAUUACUACUCUUCCGACCAGCGGCCGAGGUCGUCAAGGUCGUCAACGAUGCGCCGAGUCUGGUUCGAAGACUGUGCCCUGGACAGCGUCAUUGCGCAAGCCGCCGACAGGGAGCCUCCUAAAGUUCAGCAGCAGGACGACAGAGGACAACGUUCGUUGGCCAAGGAGUACCUGGCUUUAGACGAGAUGCUGCGCAACCUGCAGUGCGCCGACGACGUGCCCCCGCCUAAACCCAAGAGCUCGGUCAGGCGGAAACUGUGGUAGAUUGGGGGAGGGGGUUAAUUCUAGGGCGUGGGGUGGAUGACGUCGCUGUGGCCAGCGCAUGCUGUGGGAUUAUCCUGUGCAGUUCAUGACACGCCUUGAGGAUUCUCGUGGGAGGUGAUGAUGGUUUCAUGAUCUUUCCCAACAGUUCCUUCAACGAAGUUGUCUCGGUCACUCUGUCAUCGCCGUGUUCAAGCGGGCACCUGAUCGUGUAUGUUGCAAAAGACGGUGGCCUUUAUUGAUCAAUAUAGGCUUUACGACGAGAAGCUUUUGCAGUCGCUACAACACCACAAGUUGCUGUGCAACAUUUGGCUACAAUGUUCAGUAUGAGUAAGUGCGCGCUGUUAAACAGCCAUCUAUAGAAUGUCAGUAUGAACUGGCAAAUUGUCUCUCUCUUACCCCCCCCCCCCCAAAGGUCAACUUAAAUAAGGCUCCUUCGGCUUUGCUCUUGGAGUUUGCAACCAUGUAAGCAUUUUUAAAGUCAAUGUGUAUCUGUGAGCAUGUGUGCUAAAUUGUAUAAGUGUUGUGUAACCACGAGACCCUCAAGACAGCAUGACACCUACACUCACGUUGUGUACGUUGUUGCUGUUUCAUCGUUUUCAUGAACUCGACGCGAGCAGGUCUAGUCAGAAGUCAAACUGACCCAUCGCGACCCGACUGCAUUUAUAAGCAUUUUGCCAAGCGAGUUAGGCGAGUCAACCCAUCGCUUUCACGCGGGCUGACUAAACUUGCGUCGACAAUAACUCGACUCAACCCGCUAUCGUUUACGUGAACCGGACGACUGGAUUUCGGCCCGACAAGCCGACUCAACCCGACUCAACUCGAGUUCAUGUAAAUUUACGUCGCUUGCAUUUACAAAUUCCGCAUUGCUGUGUCCUCUAAUUAGCACACCGGUCAGAAAACUCUUUUAAUAAUCUCGCUGUCACCUGUGACGAGUUUGCAACUGCCAGACAACACAUGCACGCACUCUACGCUACACGAACCAGUCAGGCUAAGCCACUUGGGUGCGCCAACCGUAUUACACGCAUUUAGUUCACCUCUUUGCCGGCAGGUGACGUCACAAAAGGUGACCUCCACAGACGACAAACAAAAAAAUUGGGCGAUAAAAUUUGAACGAUGACACAGAGGGUAGUGCAUUGCUUACUGAUGCCCGUGAGCUGGCUUCUUGAGAACGAGCACACACGUGAGCAAAUAUCAAGAUAAGACAUGCGUCUAUAGCAGAAAAGCUGUGGAGACAACUCGGUACGUUGCACUGGAAUGCCCAUCCAGCCAGCACCGUAGGGAAUGUCCACCUUUCAUAAGCUCGGUGGUUCAAAUCUCUUAAAACGCGAUAACUAGUCAGUGGUGGAGAUCUGAAAGAUACGAUUGAAAUAUUGGCAGAAACUAAGCAGGCAAGAGAUGGGGAUGUGACCGUCACAGACAUAGGUUUGUGAGAUAAAGCAGAUAGAAUAUACUAGCUAGGUUACGAUGUGAUAACAUGUAAGUGGCUCACACAGACUGGGUAAUUAUUUGUCACUGCCCCGAUUCAAACGGUAUGCCAUUAACGACCAUCAUCAUGAUCAUUUGUAUCGCAGUCUGAUAAGAGUACUAGUUUUUAAUCGAUUUGGAAUCUAGAUUUCAAGCGAGAAGAUACUGUUAUCAUUAUCUCUGUACACUGCUCGACUCUGCCAGCAUUUUAGGCUUGUUCCUGUUUUCUCGAAUGAAACAAGUUUAAGGGAGAAGGCAUAGGUGGUGUUCAAAACCCAACGUCUAUGACGUGUCUCCAGCUCCUGCAAUUGUUGUCGCUGCAUGCAACCAGCAAAAGCAUAGCCUUCAAGAACUGUAUUUGUUUAUCCAGAGGGUGCCAACACUGGGGUGUAGAUUAGUAAAAGGCGAUCGGAGGUUUCAUGGCAGAAAAGUAGGGAGACCACAAACAGAGGCGUACAAAAACAAUGUUCUCAAUAACGGUUCAGAAAGUUUGAUGCUGAGAAUUCUUGGUUUGUUAAAGAAAAGGAUAACAUAGAUAAGACAGUAGGCAAAAUAAGAAAAAGAGCUUGGUGGUGCAGCCCACCGCCCCAUUUCAAAGGGGAUGCUCAUAACCUCUAUCCAUUCAUCCAGAUACAUAGCCAGGAGGGAAAGUCUGUAUGAUAACGCAGAGGGCAGUGCCUUGCUAUUUGAGGCCGGAGCUGGCUGCCUGAGGACAAAAAAUACCAGGCCUGCGUGGCACAUGCAGCACAGUCACAGCGUAAGCUAGACGAGCGUUUCGACAGUACUACCUAGUAAUUUUAGUGAAUGCAUCAGGAACGCGCUUGGGAUGCCGUCGCGCGUGCAAGCCGAUGCAUUCCAUCGCCGAUGGCUAGCGCCAUUCGGCCCAGCCAAGCAGCCGACAAUGCAACUACGGCUGUCACAUUCGCUCCCAUUGCAACGCGCCCGGCGUGGCCUGCUUGGGACGCUGUCACGUGUGCAAGCCGACGUGUUCCAUCACCGAUGACUAGCGCCUUUCCCGCUCUCGGAUAGCAAGCGCUUGCGUGGUAGAGUAUCCGCCUCCCACGCAGCGGGCCUGGGCUCAAUCCCAGCGGAGAGCGGGUACUUCCUUUCGCAUGCGAUAGCGGCUACCAGUGGCGCACCGACGGGGGGGGGGGUUUCGGGGGUUGUAAUCCCCCCCUGAGGCCGACCUAACCCCCCCUUUUGUUUAACCGCUUUUCUUUCCUUGCGCAUUUGAGUACUGCAACUAAGAUGUAAGACGCGCAAUCGUCUGCACACUCACAAAAAGCGCAUUGUUUGACAAUUUCCCAUGAAGAAAUUGAAAUUAGUGCUGUUUAGAUGGUAUUGGCAAACUGUCACCCCCCCUGGCAGAGAUCCUGGGUGCGCUACUGGUGGCUACCGGGCGGCAACGGCAUCAUUGCGACCCGAAACGGCUAUUGGAAUGAACCCAUAACAGCUUACGCUGUAAAACAUACUGGAGCAAAUAUGCACUACAGGAUCAGGCAUGUGUCUACUGCAAAAAGGGAACCUGGAAAUGACUCGGCACGUCGUAAUGGAAUGCCAAGAUAUUCAUCCAGCGAGACACGUAGGCAGUGUUCACCUUCCAAAAGCAUCAGGAUUCAAAGAAAAUGUAAGGAUUAACUGGUCAGCAGUUGAGUCAAGUAAGAGAUGUUCAGAGCGCUGAUGGAAAAAAGAAAGCAGGAACGGUAUUAUAGAACCGGAGUCAUUGCAAGUGUACGUAACGGAACAAUAUAGACAUAAAAGUUUUAAAUACAAAAGUUAAGAUCGAGAUCAGAUAGACAAAAGGCUGGAUGGCGAUAGAUGUAGCAAAACCUGAUUAAAUCAUGCAGGCUAGGGGACUAUUUGUCUUCAACCCGUCUCAAAGGGGAUGCCAAUAAACAUGAUCAUCGGAUUUGGACACCACCUAUUCAGAAUGAAAAUCUGUAUCUGUUUUCUAUUUAUUUUGUAUUGUUUCAUUGAUAUGAUUGAUUGACUAAACUACAUAACCUGCCAUCUUGUGGGUGCAUUUUCUUUUUCUUUUUUUUUCUAUCAAAAUUUUAGCAUGUUUGCAAAAUAUGGGUUAUUGUUGAAGCAUAUUUUUUAUCACCUCAUGUUAUCAUUUUUAUAUCGAUGAAUGAUUUAUUGUUUGUGAAGAAGAUGGUGAUGCAGUAUAGUUGCCAACAUUUCCAGUUUCAUCCAAAUAACUCACUCACUCACUCACUCACGAAAACCUGAAAGGCAGCAUCGGCUGUGAAAACACUGUGUUCUCAAAAAAAAAAAAAAAACUACACUGCGUAAUGCAGUUCUUAAUUGUUCUUUUGAAUCUAUUUUUAAUGAAGCAGGCAUAACAAUGCAGUGUCUUAUUCGUCUUUUGAUGCUAGAGCAUAUAUAAUGCAUCUCAUAUGUAUUUGAAGAAAAGAAAAAGAUUUUUAAAAAAGACCAUACUAAAGUUUAGGUGAACAUUGCGAAACAUCAGGUGGUCAAAUUUGUCCAGGCUCUCCUAACACGGCAUCAAUCAUGUCCAAGCUGCGUCAUUGGGAUGUAUAUAUCUCAACAAAUAAUCGCUUGAUGUUUAAUCAGCCAUUUGUACCGUUCAGUUUUAUAACUUACUUAUACGAAUCGCAUUCUGCAAUGCUGAAUGGCAGGCUGCACUGUUCAGAAUAAUAAUUUAUUUAUGUACGUUCGUAUUUUUGCUUUUGAUGCUUGUACGAAGGCUUGACCGUACUUAGCCCUAUCCCUUGUACCGAGCAGCUCUGAGUCAUUAAACCAAAGACUACCGUCAUUAACAGCCAUUAUAAAAGCACAUUAUUUCCUGAGUUUUUAGCUUUUCUUUUUUUUUUCGCGAUAUAUUCACAAUGACCUUUGUGAUCAUAACAGAGUUUAGCGAAAACUUGUGCGCCACUUAAAAGGGCACUAAAGAGGAAAUUCAUUUCAGCGGCAUGCAUUAGUAAAUUUAAUUUAACUUUUUACAACACCAAAACGCCGCUCUUACAGCGAGUAGAGACUUUGUGAGCCAGAAAAGACACAAAUUAUACAAAGGACGAGUGACACCGAUGCCAUUGAAGCUUCUGCACCAUCUCGCUGUGACGUCAUGGAUUUUAAUGCCGUCUGCUGGGGCCUGGGUAUUUUUUUUUUAGCGGUAAAAGUGGGACUAUGCGCUCUAAAAAAGAGGAAUGGCGUUACGCGAUGCAAACUUAGUGCAUAUUCUUUCCAGUACAGUGGAGUAGCCGCCAGUAAUUUUUUCGUUGCUGAGGUUUAAUUAGCUAAUUGUAAUUAAUUAUCUAACUCGAGAAGUACUGUCCUAAUCGUUAAAGUGUCAAUGAGAAAAUUGUAGAACAACACGAAAAACUACCCAUACAGCUUUCUGUUGCUCAAUACGUGCCACAUAAAUGUGUUUUUCUGAGUGUGAAAGGAGCCCGUGAAUACACGCAGAAUUGCCGCACGACUGGCCGGCGGUCGCUCGAGGCACUUUGCGUGUAUUCGCGGGCUUCUUUCACGCUCGGAAAAACACUUUUAUGUAGCACGUACUGAGCAACAGAAAGCUGUAUGGGUAGUUUUUCAUGUUGUUCUACAAUUUUGUCAUUGACACUUUGAUAAUUAAGGCCGUACUUUUCGAGGUAGAUAAUUAAUUACAAUUAGCUAAUUAAAUCUCAGCAACGAAAAAUUUACUGGCGGCUACUCCACGGCACUGGAAACAAUACGCACUAGGUUUGCUUUGCGUAACGCCAUUCCUCUUUUUUUAAAUCGUGCUGUGUGAUUGCUGGAACACCCUGUAUAUAUAGAAGUUUUCGAAGUAUGUACUCGGCCAGGACAGAUUUUCUGUCGCUAAGCGAAGAAUGAAAGCGCUCAGCUAAAAAUCUCUGUAUGCUGUUUUUCACGGUGUAUAUAAGCUGGGCGUGAGUCUGGAAACAUCGAUGUUCUCAGGAAUCGUUUAAUCACCUUCGUUUUUUUGUCUUCCUUGUUUGUUAUCUUUAGGCAGCAUUUUUCAUGGCAGCUUUCUUUCUUGCUUUCUUUCUGUCAUUUUUGUCUUGGGCUAGUGCGAAAAUCUCCAUACUUAAUUCAGUUAAAGAACUAAUUUUUCACCACUAGUGUAAUCAACACAUUUCCAAUAAUUUACAAAUUAAAGAAAAUGGAGCCUUGAAGAAAUACCAAUAUGAAGUGAUUUAGCAUCUCGCGUACUUUGGUGCAGGAACACCAAAGAAUAACCCUAGAUGAGUUAUAUUUAGACUGGUGGGCUGCAUUUCUUCAAUGUCAUAUUUCCGCUCAUGUCGCGGGGGAAAAAAAAUGUUUGGUCAGACGAAGUCAAUUCCACACGCAAACGAGUACUGGCAAGAAAUUUAGGACUUGACGUUUUUUAGAGCGCAUUUAUUUGUUCGUUUUAUAUAAUUGGUUUUUUUGUUGUUUUUUGAGUUCGAGGUUUCUUCCGCAAAACGACCAAUUUUGAUUAACCAUCGAAGAGGUUCGAACGUUACAAUGUCGCUACAUCUUAUCUCUAGCCUUUUUCUUUUUGUUACUUAUGUAGAUGCCAUGUUUUGUGUGAGAAUCAACGAGUCGAACGUAUGAAACCGUACUCUUAGUCGAGUGUUCUACUGGUUAAAAUACUUUUUGUUUUUUCCUAAUUUAGCAAUUAUUUUUGCUUUAUCGUCUUUAAGUGUUUAUGCAUUGUUACUCAUAGGACCAAUAUACAAUAGCAGUAGCCAUUUCCUCGUAUAUAGUUUUGAAUAUUGUUUAAGUUUCAAUAGCACACUUUCAAUUUGUUGCCAUAGCUUUAUAGCGCGUAACUCCAGUCACUUGUUCAAUGCUGAUAUAUAUUUAUGCCAGCUAUAAACGUUGUUCGCUUGCAUUUCAGCUGUGUUAGACUGUGAUAACUCUGCAUGCCUUCUUGCAGGAACACUUACAGCCACUCACGACACAAAUCAAGCAGGAUAGAAUUUCUAUGUGGCGAAAUAACUUCAUUGCAGUAUUAUGUCUGUGAGUGUUAUUCAGCACAAUGUAUAUGGUAAGCACGGGUUUUUAUUAUUCCUGUUUUUAUACGCACAGAAGCAAUGAGUCAUCUUAACGCGGGAAAGUAUGUCGCAGUGCGUGAAUGUUGCUGCCUCUGGUAAAACUUCAGCAUGCUUGUGAAUUGAUACAACCAUGUAUAUAUGUUGUGUAAAUGAAACAGUGAAAGAGAAAGCUUUUAAUUCUAAACAAAAGUGUUUUCACUCGUCUGUGAACACCUUUGUUGAUGCUUUUCUGUUUUCUCAGUUGCCUGUGAAAGACGCAUUGCGAUGUUUUCUACGUUACCAAUAAAAUACAUUUUACUAAUUCACAAUUACGCUUGUCUGCAUCUCCCAUUUGCCCAACUAAUGGCGAUACGGGUCAUGGUUCAGAUGAAGGUGAAGUGCUAGCUGCACAUGCUAGGACAUGCGUCUGGCGCAUGGCAUCAUCACGAGAGCCAUGGCUACAUUUUUAAUGUUAUAAGACAAAACUGUGAUCAUACAGGCUGAUCGCAAAAAUG